AUGCGGGUACUGACAUUCAUGGCCACCGUCGUGAUAAGCCCCGAAGUCGUAACUCCGGACUGCACCCCAGCAGAGGUUUUGAGGGUCCCUGCAAACAUGGCUACCCACUUAUUCGUUACCCCUAAAGGGUUGCAGCGCGAGUGGGCACAAUGCCAGUCUGAGUCGGGUAUUCACAUUCCUCACAGUUUGAGUGGAAGUGACUGUAAUUUGAUGGAGAUUAUGCUGGCACCAUAA